AUGUCACAAGCAGAGAAAGAUGCCAUGGAGCAGUUGCAGUCACGACAAUCCCAACUUCUGGACACCAUCGAUGAACUACGCUCCAUCGGUGUAGGAGGUCUCGUCGAGCUUCCCCAAAUUAUUGUCUGUGGUAAUCAGUCUAGUGGGAAAAGCUCUGUUCUAGAGGCGAUCUCGAGAGUGCGCUUUCCAACUAAGAGCGAUGCUUGCACACGAUUCGCAACUGAAGUUAUCCUUCGCCGAAGCCUUCAGUCUCGGGUGAAAGUCUCUAUCAAGCCAGGACCCUCGAAAUCAGAUAAGGAGGAGCGCAAAAGGCUUCGGAGCUUUACUUCUGAGGAGUUCACCAAUUUCGAUGAUCUCCCUCAGCUGAUCAAGGAAGCCCAGAAACAUAUGGGACUCUCAGAUAGCGAUCCAGACAGCAUAGAAUUCAGCGACGACGUCUUGAAAGUGGAAAUCUCAGGCCCAGACAAACCAGAUCUAACUCUUGUUGAUCUCCCUGGUCUCUACUCGUCUUUCAGUGAAGAACAGACCAAAGAGGGGAUGGCAAUUGUUCGCAAGCUGACAGAAGGCUACAUGCAAAACAAGAGAAGCAUCAUCCUUGCCGUAAUCAGCGCAAAGAUGGAUUUUCAUCUGCAGGCAGUUCUCAAUAUUGCGCAACGCUUUGACGAAAAAUACGAGCGGGUGCUUGGAAUCAUCACCCAACCGGACACGCUUUUAGAAGGCGAGGAACAAGAAGGGAAUUAUCUUCGAAUCCUUCGAAAUGAGAAGACUUAUCUGCAGCUAGGCUGGCAUUGUCUGUGUAACCGCUCCUUCAAGACCAAAGACUCCUCUGAUGAUGAGCGAGAUGAGAGGGAAAGAGAAUUCUUUGGGAAAGGGUCCUGGUCUUCCGUCUCGAGGGACUUGGUCGGAAUUGACAGCCUUCGGAAGCGCUUGAGCAAGUGUCUAUUCAAUCACAUUUGUCGUAAUCUUCCAACCCUCGUUGCCGAUAUUGAAAGCAAGAUCCUUGACCGAGAGGAGAGAUUAGCCAAGCUGGGUCAGGAGAGAUCAUCUAUCCAGGAUCAAAGAAGUUAUCUUAUCGACAUAAGCAGUGGGUUUGAACGCAUCAUAAGCCAGGGCUUGAGCGGUAUGUAUGAUGACGCAUUCUUCGGGGGCUUUGGAAAAUGCCCUUCCACAGACGAGAGAUUUCGCCGACUUCGUGCCAUUACCCGAAUGCUUCAUGAAUGUUUCUACAACGCCAUGAUAACCCGCGGAAAUCGGCGGCAGAUUGAGGGCUUCAUGGGGUUUUCUGCCCACUCGUAUAUACCAGUGGAUGAAACAAAGCCUUACAUGGAUAUCUCAAGACCGGUGCAAAUUAGUCGAGCAUCACUGGAGCAAGAACUAGCUCGAGAAGCACAGAAUUGCCGAGGUCUCGAGUUGCCUGGGAAUUCCAGCCAUUUGCUAGUAGGCAACCUCUUUCGCGACCAAGCAUCACCCUGGGUGAAGAUAGCCCAUUCACAUUUGAUGAAAUGCUGGGAUUCCGUAAGAUACUUUGUUAGCCAAGUGCUAAUGCACUUAACCGAUGAGCAUACUCUCUUUGCUCUAACGAACACGAUCAUCGGACCUGAACUAGAAAAGAUCAGGGAUUCUCUCGAGAGCAAGCUCGAAGAGCUGACAUUGAACUUGAAAUCCGGACAUCCGCUUCCUGUCGGAAGAGAAUUCUUGUCGAAGAUCAACGAGACUCGAUUGAACCGCCACACAAAUGCUUUGGAGUCACGUCUGAUCAUAUCUAAAGGGGAUACAGGCCGAUACUCUAUAGAUGAUAUCAGAAAAGCUACCGCAGAUUUACAAUCUUCUACCGAUGUAUUCGCAGCAGGAGAUAUCAUUAAUCAAAUGCAGUCUUAUUACGACAACUGA